GGUAACUUUUGAAAUACAUAAACAGAACCUUUCUCGGAUGUUCAGGGAAUAUGAAGAGAAAGGAGAUGAAGGCUGCAAUGUUGGUCCAUCAUCCAUUCUUAGAACUGUCUCAGGUGUUAGUAAAGAUGCUGAAGUUACAGAGAAGCUCCAUCAUCUUGAAAUAAAAGAAAUUGAUAUUUCUACAGCUGAUGUUAACAACAGUAGCAUGAAAAACAGGGUUUUGAGAGAUGAAAGUAGAUUAUCUGAUUCUGAAGAACACAGUAAUUCAGAAACAAGGAAAGAAAAAACCAAUAUAGAAAAUGCUCAGAAAACUCCUGAUUUAAAUAAAGCACCUGGUUUAGAUCUUCCUCUACAAGCUCCAGUGACAAAACAGAGUUCAGAAUCUACUGCUGAAAUUACUGGAAUAAACCAUGAGGAAAAAGAAGUAACUGCCACUGAUGCACAAUUACCUUUAGAAAACGUUGCUGAAGAAACACUAGAAAGCCCAGAAAUUUUAGAAAAUGUAACACCAGAAGUAUAUGUGGAAGAGGAUGAAGAUUUUGUUGAUUUAAAAGAGGAGACUAAUCUGGCACUUACAUCAGAAGAAUGUGCUCCAAAACCCAUUGAGGAACAUGCUGCUUCUUCAAAAGGACCUGUUUCAAUAGAUGUACCUAAAAUUGUUGAAGGAUCAGCGGAAACAGAACAGCAGGAUUGCUUGCCAGAAAUCAGUGGUCCUGAAAUAAACAGAGCUCAGUCAAACUCAGACACUGAGAAUAACAUUGAUGACAAAAAUACUAAUCAACCUGAAACCAAGACAAUUGUAGAUAACACGCAACCACAGACUUCAGAAACAUUAAUUGCUUCAGAUAAGAAAAUUGCCAGACUUGAUGUUUCCAGCAUUGCAUCAGAUACUGAAAGAUUAGAAUUAAAACCCCAUGCAAAUCCAGAAGUAAAUCAGCCUCCUGGAACCAUUCCUGAGACAUCUAGGCAAUAUGAUUCAUCGGAUCAAAAUGUAGUAACUGCUGCAGAUGGGCAGAGAAGGGAUUCUAGAUCUACCAUGUUCCGUAUCCCUGAAUUCCGAUGGUCUCAAAUGCAUCAGCGCUUGCUUACAGAUCUGCUCUUUUCAAUAGAAACAGAUGUACAGAUGUGGAGAAGUCAUUCUACCAAGACUGUGAUGGACUUUGUGAAUAGCAGUGAUAAUGUCAUCUUUGUACAUAACACAAUUCAUCUCAUCUCUCAAGUGAUGGAUAAUAUGAUUAUGGCUUGCGGUGGCAUAUUACCUUUGCUUUCGGCUGCUACAUCUGCUACACAUGAACUGGAAAGCAUUGAGCCAACUCAAGGACUGUCAGUGGAAGCUUCCGUAACAUUCCUUCAAAGGUUAAUUAGCCUUGUGGAUGUAUUAAUCUUUGCAAGUUCCCUUGGAUUUACUGAAAUUGAGUCAGAGAAAAAUAUGUCAUCUGGUGGAAUUUUACGACAGUGUCUUCGACUUGUAUGCGCAGUAGCUGUCAGAAAUUGUUUGGAAUGUCAGCAGCAGCAUGUAUUAAUGAAGGCUGGUGGAGAAAAUGUUAAGCAUCAGAAAACAAUACAAAGCCUUAUAGCAGCAGGAAGGACUGGAGCAAAGAGUCCAGUGGAUAUUGUGACUGGAGGGAUUUCUCCAAUAAGAGAUAUUGACAGACUUCUACAGGAUAUGGAUAUUAAUCGGCUCCGUGCAGUGGUAUUCAGAGAUAUAGAGGACAGUAAGCAGGCACAGUUCUUGGCUUUGGCUGUAGUAUAUUUUAUCUCUGUACUCAUGGUAUCAAAAUACAGAGAUAUCUUGGAACCGCAGGAUGAACGGAGACAAGUUCAACCUGCUCAGUCACCCAAAAUAGAUGAGGAAAAACGACCUGAAACUAUUAGCACUUUAAGUCGGGAACCUGCUGAGGAGUCAGAAAGUGUGAUGUCUCCGCAAAGAAGGGAUUCAGGAAUUGAGGAGGAAGCACGUUCUGGAUCAGGACCCAAUUCUGAGGUGGUUAUUGAACCAGAAAAACAGAGUAUAAGUACUGGUCCAGAUGCAAUCAGUGAAAUAUUGUGUACACUUUCUUCAGAAGUUAAUAUAUCUCAAGAAAACAGAAAUGAAGUACAUAGUGAGGUAGACGGUAAAAUUGCAUCUUCUGUGCAAACUGCAAAAAACGUCAAUGUGAAAGACAUCCUAAGAAGUUUGGUCAGUGCUCCUGCAGAUGGGGCCACUGUGGACCCUACUGUUCUUCCACCUGUCUUUCUUGGAGUCCUUGGUGAUGGGGCUGCUGCACAACCAAUACAAUUUCAGUCUUUUGACAGGAGUGUGGUUGUGGCACCAAAGAAGUCAAUGGGUUCAUCUGCAGCUACAAUUAAUGUGCCCACAAAUGCUGUUAGCGUGGUUUCUUCUUCGGAUUCUUCACAAGCUGCAGAUGUAACUGGAGGUUCUCCAA